AGAUAAUUCGGCAAAAGUAAAAAUUUAGAACUAAAAAAGAGUAAAACGUAUAAUUGUUGAUAAAGUGCGUAAGAAUGAAUUAAGGACAAUCAAGAAUAAAUAUUGCUUUGUGCUAGUGCUGGGAAUUUUGUGAGAAGUCAUAUAUAUAUAAAAUCUAUGCUAAUGGUUAAAAUUUUACAGCCAUCUGCAAGCAACAUAAAAUAAAAUAAAAUCGCUAUAACUAUUGCCAACAACAAGAAAAAAUUGAGUACAUAUGUAUGUAUGUAUGUAUCAUUAAUGCAAAAAACGCCUCCACCUCAGCGGGCCUAGUGUUUAGGAUACAGAGGCGUUGACGUAGGCGCCUGCGUUAGCACCAAUAGUGUUAAAAAUAGUCGAGUGAUAAGAGGCUUUGCAAGUGGCUUGCAAUUGAAAAUCUUUAAUCGCCUUAUCAGAUUAUUUUUGCUUGUUGCUGGGAAACAGAAUAAAAACGCCCCAAUUGAGGGCAGUGGGGCACUUCGAAAGAAAGGGCACCUGUGCUUGCAUACUUAAGCCAGCAAAAUUCGCCAGUGAUAAGUAAAAUUGUUCACAAAUAUAUGUAGUAUGUGCAUAUGUUAAACUUUGUAAGCAAAUUUACUCAAGGAGGUCGUAGCCGAAAGUAGAUUGCAUCGACAGGUAGACCAAUAAAUUAAGGCCUAAAUGUGGCACUGAUAUAAUGGAUGUUCUUGUUAUGCAUGCUAAUAGGCAGUAUAUCAACCUUACAUGAAGUUAAAUUAAUGCAAAUAGUGAAUAAUCGUUAUAAGCGGAUGCCGGAAACAAGUGCGUACGGGAACGUGAACCAAAGUUGAAAAGUCGUUUUUGCUAAUAACCGCUGCUAUCAACCAGUUGAAUUUUACGUGUUUGUAGUAAGGUUGACGAAGGCACAUUUCUAUGGAUGUAGCAGCAGGUAGCAACUCAAGAUUCAGCGAUGUUGAUGAAUAUGGCUUUAAACGCUCGGAUAAAUUUGAUUAUAAAAAUUAUGAACAAUUCAUGUCCGGUUACCUGAAGACGCUCACAAAGCGCCGCAUGAAAUGGGAAGCUAUCUUGCAGCGUAAUGCCGAUCUCACCAUAAUCGACAGUAAAUUGAAGCGGUACAUAAGAAAGGGUAUACCAGGUCCCUUUCGUCCUGAUAUAUGGAUGAAAAUUUCUGGCGCCGCCAAAUUGCAACAACGUUCACCCACUUUAUAUCGUAAUUUGUUAAGCGCACAUUACGAAAAAGAAAUCUGCGAUUCCAUAUCAAUUGAUCUACCUCGUACAUUUCCCGACAAUAUUCACUUUGAUAUGAAAAAGGAGCGUCUCUUCAACAUUUUGGUCGCGUAUGCGCAUCAUAAUCGAGAAGUUGGCUACUGCCAAGGAUUGAAUUAUAUAGCGGGACUAUUAUUGAUCGUCACAGACGAUGAAGAGAAAUCGUUCUGGCUACUCAAACAUAUUGUCGAGAAUAUUGUGCCACAGUAUCAUACAAAAAAUAUGGCAAAUCUAUUACGUGAUUUGGCAGUAUUCAAGGAAAUGAUUAUAAGACGAGCGCCGCAAGUUAAUCGGCACAUAGAAAAUUUAGGCUUACCAUAUGCUGUGAUAGCGAGCAAAUGGUUCAUUUGCAUAUUCGCUGAGGUGCUUCCUGUUGAAACAGUGCUGCGUAUUUGGGACUGUGUCUUUGCGGAGGGAUAUAAGAUUAUCUUUCGCGUUGCGCUGGCAUUAUUCCUAACACAUAAAACAGCAAUACUCGGUUGCGAUGAUAUCGCCGCAUUAGCGAAUUUAUUUCGUGAAAAUAUGAUGCAAGGUGACAUUGUUACCAACUGCCAUAGUUUUAUGGAAGCCAUGUUCAAAAUACGUUUGAAACGUAGUGAGCUGGAGGCGUUACGCAAAGUGUGCGUAGGACGCAAUAAUACCUAAGAAGAAACUAUUUAGAAGAGUACUACAACCAAAUGCAAAAUGUUUAUAAACUAUGUAGUA